GGGCUGCUUUCUGGUAGGCAUGCUUGAACUGUUUUGCUUGGGGUUUUACCUUACCGGGGACGCCAGCAAAUAUUAUGCGACGGCUUUUGUUUUGCUCAGAGCUUUCCUUGAAUAACUAAGCCAUUGUGUCUGCUAAUGGUUACUGCCUGAUGUGUGGGGAAGCUAACAGCGGUUAGCUUCACAGGCUGAUGUCGCUUCAGUUUGUAGUACAAACAGAUGUGAAGUUCAUCUGUUGGUUCGCUUAAAACACUUGUAAUCUCAACCACUGCAAGCUGGGAACCCCUCACGAAAGCUAUGCUUUUGGAAAUGCUCUGAUCCAAAAGUCUAGGUAUCACCAUGUGUCCCUCGUUAGACUUGCUUAGAUCCGUUUCCCUUGCUCUUACCACAGCCACGCAGAGGACAGAAAGUUCACCUGUUUCCAAACUCAACAGACGCCAGGACGAAGAGAUAAUCAGCCUUAUUCACUUCUUCCUGAAUGUUGCACAUACUACUAAAAUAUAAACAUAGUGUGAUUGCAAAGCCAGUCUACUCCAAGACAAAUACAUCACGAUCUGAAACAGCAACCAUGAGCAGCCUGGAUGGAUACCAGCCAUUUUAUUCUAGUUGCCGUGACAAACCGACCGUCACAGGUGAUUUAUCAGAUGUCCACGAGCACGCCAAGCAGCCUCUGCAGGGGCUGAAAUUGGCAUCACAUGCAGUACUGGACACAGCCCAGCAAAGAGGCAGGUUGAAGUGCUCUAAAUGCGGAGGGUCGAGGAUGUUCUUCUGCUACACAUGCUGCUCAUUAGUGGGUGUCAACAUGCAAGAAAUUCCCGUAAUCAAGCUCCCUGUGAAGAUAGACAUCAUCAAGCAUCCGAAUGAAACGGACGGGAAGAGCACGGCAGUCCACGCCAAGAUUCUCGCUCCCAACGACGUCACAAUGUAUACCUACCCCUGCAUUCCUGAGUUUGAAAAAGACAAGGUAGUGUUGGUGUUCCCAGGCCCGGGGGCUGUUUCAGUUCAAGAAAUGAUCCAGUGUUUACGUGACGGGAGUAAAAACAGGUCGGGAGAUCCCUUUGAGGAACCCUGUCUAAAGAGGAUGAAAGGUGAAGCUCAGACUGCUACAAAGUUUGCUAAGGACGCACAGUCGGUGCCGCAAGAUGAAGCUCAGAGCUCAGAGUCCAGGGUGUACCCUUUACAGAGGGUGGUCUUCAUCGACAGCACCUGGAACCAGACCAACAAGAUCAGCACAGACGAAAGGCUUCAAGGUUUGCUCAAGGUGGAACUGAAGACGAGAAAAACUUGUUUCUGGCGGAGCCAGAAAGGCAAACCGGACACUUACCUUGCUACUAUUGAGGCUAUCUAUUAUUUCCUCAAAGACUUCCACCAGCACUGCCUGGGUCAGGAGUACACUGGAGAAUAUGAUAAUCUGCUGUUUUUCUACUCCUACCUGCAUUCACUGAUCAACAAAGCCAAAGCUUCUGCUGGAAAGUCCUGAUGAAAGGUGUGUGGAAAGAACAACGUCGGCUGCAUGUGACUGAGUGGGAGUCUAAUUAACAGUUAAUUUAAAAGCCUAUUAAAAGCCGGUUAUUUGAUCUGAUUUUUUUUCAUUGCUUGAACAUUUUAUUUUAUAUGGAAGGCUGACAUCACUUUGCAUGAGAAUGCGCAAUAAAACCCAGAUUUCACAAUUUA